GCCUGGGCGCCCGCCCCCGCGGGUUAAAUGGGCCGGCGGGGCGCAGCCCCCGGAAACGGCAGCGAACUUCGGGGCUGCGAGCGCGACGGGCGGCGAGGCGCAGAGAGCAUCAUGGCAGAGCAGGUGGCCCUAAGCCGGACCCAAGUGUGCGGGAUCCUGAGGGAAGAGCUGUACCAGGGCGAUGCCUUCCACCAGUCCGACACGCAUAUCUUCAUCAUCAUGGGUGCCUCGGGCGACCUGGCCAAGAAGAAGAUCUAUCCCACCCUCUGGUGGCUGUUCCGGGACGGCCUUCUGCCCGAGGAUACCUUCAUCGUAGGCUAUGCCCGCUCCCCCCUCACGGUGGCCGAAAUCCGCCAGCAGAGCGAGCCCUUCUUCAAAGCCGCCCCGGAGGAGAAGGCCAGGCUGGACGAGUUCUUUGCCCGCAACUCCUACGUUGCCGGCCAGUACGACGAUGCCACCUCCUACCAGCGCCUCAAUAGCCACAUGAACGGCCUCCACCAGGGGCCGACAGCCAACCGGCUCUUCUACCUGGCCUUGCCCCCCACCGUCUAUGAGGCUGUCACCAAGAACAUCCGGGAGACCUGCAUGAGCCAGAUAGGCUGGAACCGCAUCAUCGUGGAGAAGCCCUUCGGGAGGGACCUGCAGAGCUCCAACCGGCUGUCGGGCCACAUCUCCGGCCUGUUCCGCGAGGACCAGAUCUACCGCAUCGACCACUACCUGGGCAAGGAGAUGGUGCAGAACCUGAUGGUGCUGAGGUUCGCCAACAGGAUCUUCGGCCCCAUCUGGAACCGGGACAACAUCGCCUGCGUCAUUCUCACCUUCAAGGAGCCCUUUGGCACUGAGGGCCGCGGGGGCUACUUCGAUGAAUUUGGGAUCAUCCGGGACGUGAUGCAGAACCACCUCCUGCAGAUGCUGUGCCUGGUGGCCAUGGAGAAGCCCGCCUCCACCGACUCGGACGACGUCCGCGACGAGAAGGUCAAGGUGUUGAAAUGCAUCUCGGAGGUGCAGGCAGAAAACGUGGUCCUGGGUCAGUACGUGGGGAACCCCAGCGGCAAGGGUGAGGCCACCCAAGGGUACCUGGAUGACCCCACAGUGCCCGGCGGCUCCACCACCGCCACCUUCGCGGCCGCCGUCCUCUACGUGGAGAACGAGCGCUGGGACGGGGUGCCCUUCAUCCUGCGCUGCGGCAAAGCCCUGAAUGAGCGCAAAGCCGAGGUGCGGCUGCAGUUCCGCGACGUGGCGGGCGACAUCUUCCAGCAGCGCUGCAAGCGCAACGAGCUGGUGAUCCGCGUGCAGCCCAACGAGGCGGUGUACACCAAGAUGAUGACCAAGAAGCCCGGCAUGUUCUUCGACCCCGAGGAGUCCGAGCUGGACCUGACCUACGGCAACAGAUACAAGAAUGUGAAGCUGCCCGACGCCUAUGAGCGCCUCAUCCUGGAUGUCUUCUGCGGGAGCCAGAUGCACUUCGUGCGCAGCGACGAGCUCCGGGAGGCCUGGCGCAUCUUCACGCCGCUGCUGCACAGGAUUGAGCGCGAGAAGGCCCCGCCCAUCCCCUACAUCUACGGCAGCCGAGGCCCCCCAGAGGCAGACGAGCUGAUGAAGAGAGUGGGCUUCCAGUACGAGGGCACCUACAAGUGGGUGAACCCCCACAAGCUCUGAGCCCAGCGCCCGGUGCUAACCUCCACCCCUGGACCUGCCACCCACCCCGCGCCCUGCGCUGCCGGAGACAGGACCAGACCUCAGCCUCACAUUCCUGCCCACGCCUGCUGCCGCCCAGCCCCAGUACAUUCCGCGGGCAGCUGGCACGGGGCUCCCAAGUCCUGCCUGGCCCAGGACUGGAGGGUGGGGCGGUGGGCAGACCCCAGGGCCCAGGCCACCCGUCCGUGCCAGCUGGGAGCUUGGGAGCUCGGGAGGCGGGAACAGACCUCGCACCAGCCUCGGAGCCCCUCUACAUUCCUGGCCGCCAGCCGGAGGGCCCCCAUACCGCUCUGCCCAGCACCCCGACUGCACUCCAUGGCCAACUCCCCCCCACCCCAAGCAACUCCUCUCGCUGGGAACGCAGCACCAACACGUGGGAUGCCCCCCAUUAAAUCCACAACAGAGUCAUUUGUCCUCACUUUUCCUGCCUGCACCUGUGGCCAGGCCAGCCCUCUGCCUGGGGACCGCCUGACCCUCGCUCUGCUGGGUGGCCCCUGAGUCUGACCCUGACCCUGAGUCUGAGAUGUGGGGCCCCAGGACAGGUCGCAUCUGUGCACGCCUUUCUGG